CAUGCCUAUCGUUAAUAAACUAGUUCAAAAUGUCGGUGCAGGCAUCGGCCUUGUAUCUGAAAGCAUCUCGGCCAGCAAAGCAAAGAAACGAGACGCCAACAAUGCAGACACCACCCAACACCAAGAGAGAGGAAUCAUUCCAUCUGACCACAACGAAUCCUCAGACAGAGCUAGACAGGACCCCGAUCAAGAUCACGAGCUCCAGUGGGAUCUAGACGAGGCACAGGAUGAGCUCCGAGGGAUCGCAUCGCCAACAACACAUGAACCCGUCGACGAUGUCGCUAUGGCAGAGUUAUUUGCUCGUCAAUAUCCUCCUCCAGACUACGAUGAAGCGACAAGAUCUCCACCCAGACUGCCUUAUCCUGUUGUGCUGCCCCAGCGUCGACCGAAAGCGCGUGCAAGAGGUUUUGUGCGUGCUUAUGCCCCGGUUCUGGAGGAUUUCGGAAUCAACGAAGCCAUGUUUCUGGACUUUCUUGAUAAGUGCAAUACUGCAUGUAUGGGUGCGAACUGGUUGAACGUGCUUAAUCUGGCAUCUAUUCCAACUAUGCUAUUGCCCGAGGCGAUCUCCGUUGCUGUAUCUAUCGCCAUUCAGCUGGUGACAAGAGCUGCCAUUGAAGUUGAUGGAAGAAGAAGAUCUAAUAACUUCAUUGACGCAAUCAACCGCGACUUCUUCCGCCCGCGUGGUCUAUUCUGUCUUCUGAUGACCUGGAACCCUGAAAUCGACGAUCCAUUUGUCCAAGUCGACAUCAAAAACACCAUUUCUAAAGCCAUGACAGGAGGUGGAUCUGGACUGGGAAAAAUAAAACAUAAACUCAAAGCUGCGAAUGCCGAUUCAUACGGUAACCAGAUGUUCCCCGAAGUCGCACCACUGGUCUUCCCCGUUGUCGAUCGUCUUGCUACCGACGAAGAGACAAAGAAGAAGAACAAGACUUUCAAAGAGACGGCAAAGCGGAGGAAAGAGUUUGCUGCUAAUUAUUUUGACAAGAGAGCUCAAGCUAAAUUUAUCGCGAAAAACCCCGACAGCGCCCUUAACCAAGGCCCUCAACCCACCUUUACAUCCCGAUACGCAGAUCCCAACCAUCCCGCAAGCAGUGGUUCUCCUAUCGCUCUCCUCACAGGAGGAUACGUGACGCGGGAGAAUGUGCUCCGCAUGACCGGACGAGGGGCCCUAGCGGAUCAGACCAGAAAUGGAAGAUUGGCCAGAGGGAGUGUACUCACAGGUCCUAUGGAAAACAGAAGACAAGGUCCUAUAGGCACACUGAUCGGUGGGAUCGCCAACAGGGGUAGUGCAUCUGUUCCAAGAGGGUUGAGUCCUGUAGAGCAUGGGCAAAAUUCGAUGAGCGAGAGAGAACAAUACGGACGAGAGAGUCGAAGGGCAUCUAGGGAUCACAAGACAGGACCAUUGACUGGCAUUGGUCCAGUGGGUAUGGUGCAGAAGAUGUUCAAACAAAAAGUAAUCUACUUGAUGAUUGUGAAUAUGCCGUCCGAGGAGGAGCUGCAGCAGGCAAGGGAGGCGUUAGGAUGACGCUUCUAUUUUAGAUAUAACUCAAUCUUCCGCAUAUACUGGCUGUGCGAACUGGUGGUGGGAAGAUGGGGUUGACGAUGAUUCUUCGUGAUUGACAUCGCGUUACAUAAACCUUUUUAGACUUUGUAUUCCAUAUCCGAUGACAAGCAGCUAUGUUACCAUAAUCCGGCCAUAUGCAUGAGCGCUGACGGUCCACAGAGUGUACCAGGAAUGUAGCACAAUUCCAAAAGGGAAAAAGAGUUAUACUCGAUGAUAGGACAUGUCUGUUUCUCAGAGUCAUAGUCAUUUGUCAACUUUUGCAUUACCC